AUGGCGUGCAUGAAGGCAGAGGCAUGUUGUUGUAUUGUCUGGUCGAGGCAUCCCCCGACAUCCCGUGGUCAUGUGACUCUCUCAUUGACAGUCAUCGCAGAAGAAAAAGUGGUAUUAGUCUAUGUACUUCUAUACGGACAGCCCUAUCUACAUGGGAAUGCAAGCGAGCGAGCGUUGGUAACAAAGAACUGUCGGGGCGCUCUGCCAUGGGGUCAUGAAAUGGGUAUGAUCCGCAAAGCCGCCAGAGAUUAUAGGCAGGCACUCACUUUAUGGACAGAAACGCGCCGCGGCCACAGGACCGGGAAAGAUGCGGCGAUCAAGUCGACGCGACGAACUCAAAUGUGCCAAAGUUGA